ACACCGGCCCUCCAGGACUGAGUUUGGUGACCCCUGGUGUAGGAUGUCAUUGUGGAAUAAAAUGCAGAUGGCAGUAGUGCAGCAUCCGGGAUGCAGGCUGCCGUUAAAACCCAAAGAAGAAGAAGAAUGAGGCGCCAAAUUUUGUACCUUUCCUUCGUGAACGGAGGGCGAUAAAUAGUGGAAUGAAUCAUGAAUCUUAAAGGCAAAGCAACCGCGGAUUCUAACGCCAGCAGUGAUGGAGAUGCCAUCAAGGUGUUUGUGCGGGUUCGGCCGCUGACUCAAGGCUCUGGGUUAACAACAGACGGCGAUCGCAGUCUGUGUCUGACUGUGACCUCGCCACACACCGUCAGACUGCACUGCAAACCAGAGCCUCGGACCUUCACAUACGACCAUGUCGCUGACAUGAACACAAGCCAGGAGGAGGUUUUCUCCAGUGUGGCUAAAAACAUUGUGGAGUCGUGCAUGAAUGGAUACAACGGGACCAUUUUUGCCUAUGGACAGACGGGCUCAGGAAAGACCUUCACCAUGCUGGGUCCCUCAGAGCUGGAUAAUUUUUCAGAUGAACUGCGUGGUGUAAUUCCUCGAAGUUUUGAAUACCUCUUCUUCCUCAUCAACAGAGAGGUGGAACGGUCUGGUGGGCUGAAGAGCUUCCUCUGCAAGUGUUCAUUCAUAGAGAUCUACAAUGAGCAGAUUUAUGACCUAUUGGACAGUGUGUCCACCAGCCUGUUCCUGCGAGAGGACAUCAAGAGGGGCGUCUUUGUAGAAGGAGCUGUGGAGAAAUAUGCAGCAUCUGCUGCAGAGGCCUAUCAGGUGUUGUCGAUGGGAUGGAGGAACAGGCGAGUGGCAUCCACCUCAAUGAACCGCGAGUCCUCUCGUUCACAUGCAGUGUUCACCAUGACACUGGAGUCAAAGGAGACUGGACAGGAAGUGGUCAACAUCAGGACCUCUCAGCUGAACCUGGUGGAUCUCGCCGGCUCAGAGAGACAGAGGGACACGCAUGCAGAGGGUUCACGGCUCAAGGAGGCAAGCAGUAUAAACCGGUCACUGAUGUGUCUUGGUCAGGUGAUCAUGGCCCUGAUGGAUGUGUCAAAUGGGAAGAACCGUCACAUUUGUUACAGAGAUUCGAAACUGACCUUCCUGCUCAGGGACUCUCUGGGCGGAAAUGCUAAGACGUACAUCAUCGCUAACGUUCAUCCUGGCUCCAAGUGUUUUGGAGAGACGCUCUCCACUCUGCAGUUCGCUCAGAGAGCCAAACUCAUCAAAAAUAAGGCUAUGGUAAAUGAGGACACUCAGGGUAAUGUCAGACAACUGCAAGCGGAAGUGAGAAAACUAAAGGAGCAGCUCGCAAAUGCUCUUUCACAAGCACGCGUCAUUGAGAUGACACCAUCAGACCAGCAAACAGCACACUCUGACGCUGAGCUUUCCUAUAAGACGCAGUUCAUUCAGGCCAUGAGCAUCUGGAAGAAAGCACAGGAGGACAAGAAGGCUCUUCAGGGGAAAGUGUCUCAGCUGGAAGCUGCCUGGGCUCAGAAGGAGAAAUUCAUCCAGUCCAACCGCAUGAUCCUGAAGUUCAGAGAUGAUCAUAUCGCACAGCUGAAGAAAGAACUUCAGACAGGCCAGAGAUCAGACCCUGAUCAGCAGAACCAGCAGCUGCAGGAAGAGAUACGUCUGCUUCGAGAGCAGGUGGAGCACCACCCACGGAUGAUGCAGUACGCUGCGGAGAACUGUGCGCUGCGGGAGGAGAUUCGAGCCCUGCGUGCUCUGGAUUCUGUCAGAUCUGCAGUUGAGACCAAGGCUCAGUCAUUAACCGCGCUGGAGAAAACCUUCCUGCAGCUGCUGGAGGCUCAGACAACAGAGGAGAGCACAGGAGCUCCGCCCAUCUACUCCACCCCUGUCACUAUGGAGACGUUGUCAUCAGUUUCCGUGGAGAGGAUAAAGGUUCAGCUGCUGCAGAAACAGUCAGAGCUCACAGCGACAAUUCAAGCCUUCGAGGAAUUCAAGGAGGUCAACAAAAAACAGCUGGCUGAGCUGGAAUCUGAGAAGCGCUACCUCGAGAAGUCCAACAAACAUCUGGAGAAGAUCCUAGAGGCCACUAAAGCCCACAGCAAACAGGAAGUGUCUCAACUCAACAAGAUUCAUGCUGAGACCAUAAAGAUUUUGACUACACCCACCAAAGGUUAUAACCUGCGUAAUCGACUGGUGCCGCUGUCUAGCCCAGACCAUCUGAAUGGACAGGACGAGAAUAUCCACGUUGAUGACAUCCAGAGCGAACAGCCGCCUCCUGAGAUGAGCGAGCUGGCCUGUGAAGCGCUCACUGAAGAACUCAAACAAAUGCAGGAACAGGCUCUCCUUGUUCAGGGCCAGUUAGACGAGGAGGAAGCCAAAAACAGGAAGCUGCUUCAACAAAUCAGCAAGCUGGAAGAACAGGUUACCAUAGCAGCCGAGAAGUCCAGUCGCACAGAGGAGAUGUUCGGUGCUGAGCGACACUCGCUGCUGGAAGAACAGGUGCGUCUGCAGGAGCGAAUCAGGAUGCUGGAAGAUGAAAACAGAGAGAUGGAUGUGCUGCGGGUGGAGGUGCGAGAUCUGCGUGUCGUGUUGCAGUCCUCUGAUAAGGAGCUGGAGGCAGUGCGGACAGAACUGCAGCAGCGGAAAGCAGAGCACGAGAGAGAGACCACAGAUCUGUCCAAGAGCCUGAUCAGCACACAGCUGCAGCUGGACACUGUCAAGCUGGAGUGGAAGCACGUGCUGGAGAAGCAGCGUGAUCUUCAGGACAUGUAUGACACACUGCAGGCUGAGUUUCAGUUCGAGCUGGAUCAACACACACAGCAGAUGGAGCUGAAGAGCCGAGAGUGCUCAGAAAUGCAAACCAAGAUUAAUGAGUUGCUGCAUACUCUUCAGGAGGAGAAAGAGCAGAAUAGCAGUGUGAGAUCCCAGCUGACCGCACACAGAGAGAGUGUGUCCAAAGAGCUUGUGCAGGCUGUAGAAGAGAAUGCCUCACUGAAGAAACACAUUACUGAGCUGACAAACAAAAAUCAGCAACAGAGCGAUGAGGUCAGUGCUCUACAGCAGAGUGUGUGUUCAUCCAACAUGACAAUCAACAGCCUCAAGCAGAAGAUCGAACAGGACAAAGAUGUGGUGCUGGAGUUGAUGCAGGAGACCAGAGAUCUUCGAAGCGAGGUGGCUGAAAGAGAUCAGACUGUGUGUUUGCUGCAAGGAGAGAUCUCUGACAUCAGUGGGAAGUAUAGCACUGUGUGCACUGAGAAAGAGCAGAUGAAGGAGAGCAUGACACACAUGCAGAAUGAACUACAGGAGCUGCGAGAAGCUUCAGAGAGACGCCUUGCUUCUGACCGUGUAGAGUUGGAACUGCUACAGGAAGAUCUGUCCUACGCUACAGAUGAGGUGGAGAGACUCAGUAAAGUGGUGGAGGAGCAGGCAGCUUUGCUGGAGAGUUCCCGGACCCUGAACACCGAGAAAGAGCACAGUAUAAACUCCCUGAAAGAACAGGUGGAACAGCUGAGUGAUCAGAUUAACCUUCUGAGAGUGAGAGAAUCUGUCAGUCAACCUCCAGAUGCUGCCACUCCCAAAGGAAAAAUACAGACGCCGCACACCCCCUGUGGCUUUGGCUCGAGUCUGUCUCAGGUGCUGGAGUGUCAGGAGAGAGAGCUGGAGAGCCGACGCUCCUCUAUGAUCACCAUGGAGGUCCUGCUGAAAGAGCUCAAUGCAGAACGCACAGCUAAGAACCAAGAGAUCGACAGAUUGAAGGCCCAGCUGAAUGAAAAAGAGAUUGUGCGAAUGGAGAUUCAAACGCUGUUGGACAAGUUUUAUGCCGUCCAGAAUCAGCGCAAUCAGAGCGGUUGUGCGCAAGAAGAUGUGAGGGAGGCCACACACAUUUCUGUUUUGAGAGAACUAGAAGAAGAGAAGAAAAUAAAAAACUCCCUGAUGAUGCAGUUGUCUGAAUCUCAGACAGCGCUGCAGCAUAAUGAAGGCACUCUUGUCCAGUCUCAGACGUGUGUGCAGGAACUGACCACUGAACUUAGGAAUCGCUGCCUGGAGCUGCGGGAGCUGCGGCAGAAAGACCAUCAGCAGGAAAAACUGCAGCAGGAAAUCGAGGUUCUGAGAAAGCAGGUGGACCAUCUGACCGAGGAGAAUGGGAAACUGUUGGGUCAUCAGAACCCCAAGCAGAAGAUUGAGUACCUGGUCAAACUGAAAAAGGAGAUCACCAGACUACAAGAGGAAAACGGCAAACUCAGGCAGUGUCUUCAUAUGGAAGAAAGUCCUAACACGAGCCAAUAACAUGCUGAUCUUGAAUAUGCUGGACCUAAAAACUAAACGAGAUUAAAUUCAAUCACUUUUUAGGUUUUUAGAUGUAAUUGUUGGAUUUGUCUGUUGAUUUAGUUUGAUUGUCUUCAAUUUUGUUUUUUUGUUUUUUUUUAUCCCUUUCUGUUCUAAAUGUUAGC